UUUGCAUUCUACAAUCAACUGGACAGCCGACCAAGCCAGCAAAAUGAAACUCUUGCUGAUCUGCGCCUUUGUCGCCGCCGUGGCCGCUACCACACCUAGCAACAACUACCUGCCCCCCGCAUACGGUGCCGCAUCGGCUCCAGUUGCUUCCUACGCCGCGGAGGCAUCGGCUCCAGUUGAGUCCUACUCUGCACCAGCUCAGUCUUACUCUGCACCCGCCCAGGCCACCUACACUGCUGCCGCUUCUGCUCCAGCUGUGUCUUACUCGGCUCCAGCUCAGUCUUACUCUGCUCCCGCUCAGUCUUACUCUGCUCCAGCUCAGGCUACGUACACUGCUGCUGCUUCGGCUCCAGCUGUGUCGUACUCGGCUCCAGCUCAGUCUUACUCUGCUCCCGCUCAGGCUACGUACACUGCUGCUGCUUCGGCUCCAGCUGUGUCGUACUCGGCUCCCGCUCAGUCCUACUCUGCUCCCGCUCAGGCCAGCUACUCCGUUGCUGCUUCGGCCCCAGCUGCAUCCUACUCCGCUCCUGCUGAGUACGAGACCGCUGCUUCCGAGCCCGCACACACCUUCUCGGCCACCGAUGGAUACCGCUACAAGACCCAGCGUCGUCGCGUCAUCCGUCGCCACCGUCGUGAUGUGAGCCAUCUGCCCUCCAACGAUUACCUGCCCCCCUUCCAGGGAGCCGCUUCCGCACCAACCUCUGAGUACCUGCCCCCAGCAGCAUCUGCCCCAGCUCCAGUCUACCAGGCCGCUCCUGCACCAUCCUACACCGCAGCCGCAUCUGCUCCAGCUGUCUCCUACUCUGCCCCAGCUCAGUCCUACUCUGCACCCGCUGCUUCCUACUCCGCUCCUGCUGCAUCCUACUCUGCCCCCGCUGAGUACGAGACCGCUGCCUCUGAGCCAGCACACAGCUUCUCGUCCAACGAUGGAUACCGCUACAAGACCCAGCGUCGUCGCGUCCUCCGUCGCCACCGUCGUGAUGUGAGCCAUCUGCCAUCCAACGACUACCUGCCCCCAGCAGCCUCUGCCCCAGCUCCAGUCUACCAGGCCGCUCCAUCCUACACCGCUGCUGCCUCCGCCCCAGCUGUCUCCUACGCUGCCCCAGCUCAGUCUUACUCUGCUCCCGCUCAGUCUUACUCUGCACCCGCUGAGGCCAGCUACUCCGUGGCUGCUUCCGCCCCAGCUGUGUCCUACUCGGCUCCCGCUCAGUCUUACUCUGCUCCCGUUCAGUCCUACUCUGCACCCGCUCAAGCCACCUACACCGCUGCUGCAUCCGCCCCAGCUGUCUCCUACUCUGCUCCAGCUCAGUCAUACUCCGCCCCAGCUCAGUCCUACUCUGCCCCCGCUGAGUACGAGACCGCUGCCUCUGAGCCAGCACACAGCUACUCGGCCACCGAUGGAUACCGCUACAAGACCCAGCGUCGUCGCGUCCUCCGCCGCCACAGAUAUUAAACGGUUUAGCAGUUGAGGCUCCCCCAACAAGCCCAGCCAAAUAAUGUUUUGGUUUUCGGGCUCUUCAGUCACUCGUACAGAAAUUGUUAGGGAACGAAAUUGAUAAAAUCAGAAAUAAAACCCUUGAAAAAU